UCGACGUUUAUUUGUUGGCAGCACAGUACUAUUAGUUUUCUCAUUGACCGUUGUUGUAUUGACAUUUCCGAAAGAAUUGUAUCUGCGGUAUUUUUGUGAAAUGUGUCUUAAUAAAAGUUAUAAUAUUAUUUUGUAAAAUAUGUGUUAGUGUAAACACCGUUGUUGUUUUUAUAUGUUUGUCGAAAGGAUUGAAUUCAGCACAAAAUGGACGCCAAAAGAAAAUUAUCCACUCAAGGCGAUUCGUUAUAUGAGGUGUUAGCGUUACCAAAAACAGCGACAAACGAAGAAAUAAAGAAAACUUACCGACGUUUAGCACUUAAAUAUCAUCCAGAUAAAAAUCCCAAUAAUCCGGAAGCCGCGGAAAAAUUUAAAGAAGUAAAUAGGGCCCAUUCUAUACUCAACGACGCUACUAAACGAAAUAUUUAUGAUAAUUACGGUUCAUUGGGUCUCUAUAUCGCCGAGCAGUUCGGAGAAGAAAACGUCAAUGCCUAUUUUGUUGUAACUUCUACGUGGUGUAAGGCACUUUUCUUCUUCUGCGGAUUCAUAACAGGCUGUUAUUGUUGUUGUUGUUUAUGCUGCUGUUGCAAUUUCUGUUGCGGAAAGUGUAAACCUAGACCACCUGAAGACACAGGCGAUUAUCACACAUUGAACCGAGAUCAGGGUCCAAGCUCAGCUCAACAUGUGCACACCACCCAACCAGGUAAAAUGGAUGAUGGAUCCGAUGAUGGUCGAGGUGAUAACUCUCCGGUGACGAGUCAACCGUCUCCUUCCAGAACCCAAAAUGCUCCCGUGUAUGCCAUGCCACCACCCACUUAUAAUACGGUGUCACAAAAUAAAGGAGAAAACUCCGCAUUAAACCAAGGCGAUGUCCCUGUUUAUACGCCAGAUCUAAAAUAAACGACAAGAAGAGUGGUCUACUUAGGUCUUUAAAAAGCGUUUUGAUAGGUGCACCCAAAAAUUGUCAAUGGUAGAAGAAGAAAUUUCUAAUCUUCUUUGACCUAGUCAAAUUAUAUAUUUUUUAGUUUUUUCGUCUAUAAUUAUACAUUUGAUGAUUUAGAAAUUUAAGGUUUAAAAUUAAUUGGAAAAUAUAAACAUUUUUAUAUUAUUUUCAUUUUAUUUUGAUGAUCUAUUGAAAUAGGUGACUUAACGAAGCAUGCUUUCAAGGAAUAAGUGUGACUAUUAUAUAUCAAUAUUGCACUUUGUUAUUUGAACGUUCCAGUAUUGUUUUAAUUAAUAAGUUAUUUGUGAUCUGCAAAAGCAGUUUUUUUACUGUAUGGCACAAACUACACUGUUUUUCCCUGUUCUAUUUUUCACUAGUUUUAAUUUGGGCCAUACUUUAAAUUUAACUUUUACUUAAUCCAAUAAGUUACAAAGAAGGUAGUGUGUCAAGCGAUUUUCCAAAAAAGGUAUUAAGUCUAUAAAGAAUAAUCAUUUCUUUAGUAUUCCAAAAGUUAAAUCCAGUCAUAGUAAUUUAAUAUCAAUGUAAUUAUUAUAAUACAUGAAAAUUGUUAAUAGUACAUUACAUAAAAUUAAUCUUUCAUAAACAUUUAGAAUUACAUAUGAGAAAUAUCAAUUAUUGAUGAAUUAAUACAUUAUAUUAUAUAUUUAUGAAUAAAAUAUAUUAGUUUAUUGAUAAUUACUUGUGUCACGAAAAUAAUAAAAUAAUUAGGAAGAAUAUUGUAUGCAUUUUAUAAGUAUAUCCCCAUUAUCGUGCUUCUGCUAACAGAAAUAGUCUAGUCUUCAAGUUCAAACUAUUGAUAAAAUUAUGUAGAUAAACUAAUCCCAUUCAAAAUGAUGUCUAGAUCAUUGUGCCUAAAAAGUUAAUUAUCCCAUAAAAUUUUCAAUUGAACACCUUCCAAAUAUAGUGUUUGCUUUUUGCUUUUUUUUUCAAUUUAAAAAAAAUCCUUCAAGAGAAGGAAAUUUAUUAAAAAAGUUCCGAUUACUUAGUAUUUGUAAAUUGAAUAACAUGAAAAAAUUAUGGUAUAAGUUGAACAUGUUAGAAAAUUUAUUCUUGUUGCAGUUUUUCAACAAAUUAGACGAUUGUUAAUUAACGAAAUUAUCUUGAACUGUCUCAAUUUUUCCACUUCAUUGAGUCCUUCUGUUAUACAUACAAAACUAUAUUGCAUCAUGAAAGUUUCAAUAAUAUAGAUAUAUUGUUUGUAAUAUUUUUAUAUAUAGUUAACAAAAAAGAGAAAAUAAGAAUUUCAUAUCAUUUUUUUCUUUAUUUAUUAUUGUUUUUAUGUCAAUAAAAAACAUUUUUGUAAAAUUACCAUUAAAACUAACACUACUAAUGACAGCCAAUAGUGUUAAAAGUGAUUGUUUACCUAGAAGUGCGUUGUAAAUAUUUUUAACCCUACAUUUUCUAAUGAUGAAAUCAGAUUGAAUUAUAGGGCAAUCCAGAAUUAUGACCUGUGCAACACUAAUAUGGCCGCUGACAAACAACGUGUUUAACGAUAUUGUCACCUGGUGUUUGCUACUGUCUUAGUGUAAUCCUACGGUCUGUUGCCUUGCAUUGCCUAAGAUCUAUUUAUAAAAGACAUAAUUUAUUGUUUCGUUAUAACAUGUGAUUUUUUCUUUUUAUAUUCUAUAUCUAUAUUUCAAAUCCUGACAAUCCAGAUUUAAAUGUUACUUUAAUAUUGUUAGCAAUAUUUGUUCUUUGGCUGUGAGAACUGCACAACUCCAGUAAACUUAUUUCAACAAACAAUAAUUUCAACAGCUGUAUAGUUAUUUAAACCUGUAUAAUAUUUAGUUUUCUUUUCAUAAUUUCUUAAAGCUUCUCUAGAAAGUGUGGGUUUUAAUAAUGUAUUGUUACGAGAUAACUUGUAAAAGCAUCAGAUAUAUCUUCUGAUAGUAAAUCUGUCCGUACUUCUUGAGCUCAUCCAUAUGGAAAUUCUUCUGGAACAUUUUCUGUACUUGUACAUGAGUUUCAGUUUCUUCUAGUAAAACCUAAAGAUAUUCUUUAAUAAAAACAUAUAAUAUUUUUUAAUUGAAUCAUCUUUCCGGGAACUUUUCAGAAAAUCUGAAUUAAUUAUUGUAUGAAGUAUCUUACUUUACUAACCACAAAUGUGAUAUACUUUACAAUAAUUACAUUUUCUACAUUAAAGUUUAUCAUGUUUUGUACCACUGGCACUACGGCCCUCAAAGAGCUUUGGGCUUUUCCAGUCAUCACGGUCCAACGUUCGGCGUGUUCACCCACCUCCCGUCUAGCUCCCGAAUAUCCUCUUCGACAUCAUCCAGCCAUCGCUUGCGCGGUUACCCUUUGGUCUUCUGUCGGUACGCUUUACGCAUCCCCCGCUCCUCAGGUAUUCCAAGUGGCCUAACCAUCUUGGCCUUCUGUCACCAGGCUGGGGUCUUCAUAGAUAGAGAGCUGGUGAAGCUCGUGUUUGUACGGCUGCGCCACACGCUCUGCUCGCACACUGAUCCAUAUAUUAGGAGUAAGAUCUUUCGCUCCCACAUGUUAAGCAGCCGCUGCUCGCGGCUUUUUAAUACGGGCGCUCGACUUGAUCAUUGAAAAUUUACUCCACAAAGUUGAUGAGCUCCUUACAUUUGAUUUUUUUUGUAAGGCCAAAAAUUAGUAUAUACAAUAUCGUACUGCUGAGCUGAUUUUUAUGUAGGAGUUCCAAACUACAGACUCUUCAAUAUUAACAGGAACAAUCAAAUCAACACUUGUAAUAAUUAUUCCACUAUCGACAAACAUUUAAUUGGGUUGUCGACAAAGUAGUUUCGGUUUUGUAUUAUAAAUAAAACACUUUUUUAACAAAGAAUAGUUUUUAAUCAAUUAUAUAUUUUCCAUUUUGCCCAAUGACCUUUUGCCAUCUUUCUUCCAGCUUCAUGAUACCGCGCUCAUAAAUUUUCUGGUCCUUGAUUGCUGGUCAUCGUCAUAUGUGAAAAAUUCUGUACUAAAAAUAAUAACUUUUCCUUUGUUUAUUUAUUAAAUAUUUGAAAUCAAAUGAACUAUUUUAAUAUUAUCAAAUAAAUUUUAAAUUUUGACUCACUUUCGAGGCGGUGUGUGCAAUAUAAUAAAGGCGUGCGGAGGUACAUUUCCAGGAAUUAGAACUUUUUAUGUUAAAGUCUUUUUUCAAUUUAAAAAUAGAUAUAACUUUUGAACUUUUUACGGGCUAAUUAACUUUUUAUUUACAAUGAUUUAUACAUCAUUCCAGAUCAAAUAAACUAACUCAUACACAUAAUUUUAGUGAUAGUAUGUUAAAUAACAGGAUUUGAACUUGUAGACAAGACUAAAAAGACAUCGAGUGUUGUCAGGUACAGUUCAAACAUUGUUUUUGUUUUCAAUUAUUUGUAAGCAUUUCCAUUUGUUUCCUAUUCCUUAUAAAUAGCUUUCGUUAUCACUCAUAAACCUUCAAAAGGCAUUCAUUUCUUUUAUAUUUGAAGUAUGAUCAUCUAUUACCUGGAAUGAAAAAAAAAGAUAUUAUGUCAAGCAGUUCAUUUACUGCUGGUGGUUCCAGCAGUGAAUUUUACCUUUUAUAACACUAUUCCAGAGUUAUAAAAUCGUUCCAUAAUCAAGUUACAAUUUUUACAAAAAUACAUAUUCAUUUGAUCACCUUCAUCAGUUAAUGGAAAUGUUAAUAAAUGCGGAUUAAUUGAGUUUCUUGUAGAAAAUAUGGUCAAUAGGCCAAUAGGUUCAUAAUGCAAAGCUCUAGAGAACAGACUUUUUUUUUGGAAUAUGUUCAAGGGUGUCCCCUGUAAUGUAAAUCCAAGUGAGCAUCAUGGGGCAGCGCCCACAUCAGCCACUAUCUUGAAACGUUUUAUCGAAUAUCUCGCGAACCGCGCAUACUACGACAAAAAUAGUGAUCAUUUUUGCCAUCUUUUUCAUCUGAAUUUUUUUCUUGUAUAACGCAUAUGUUUUUAAUUAUAGCCCUCCUAACUUGUUUCAAUAUGGUUUUUGCUAAAUAUAUAGUUAACGGUAAAUAUUGUAAAAAAUUUGGAGCGCUAUAAUUAAAAACCUAUGCGUUAUACAAAAAAAAGUUUCCAAUAUAAAAGACGGCAAAAAUUAUUAUCUAUAACAAUUAUCUCAACGUGUCCAUUUCAUUAAAUAAAUACGUGUUGUGGAAUAUUGCAAGAAAUUUAUUAAAUUUAUGAAUGAAAUUAAUAUUUGAUGCUUUGAAAGCCUGUCGACAAACCUAUUGAACAUAUCUAAAUUUCAUUUAUUAGUUUAAUGAAUGGGCUAUAUAUGUAUUAUUUUAAGUGAAAAAUACUUAUUCUGAUACUAGUUUCCAAAAAAUAUUUAAAUUUGGUUUCAAAUAUGACAUUUUUGACUACUUUAAAAGUGCAUUGAAAAUAUCGACUUUUUUAGGGGGUUUCUUCUUAAAUUGUAUCAUGUAAUAGUAUAUUACUUAAAUUUUAAUUAUCGUACAUUUUAAUUAUACUAAUUUGAAUUGUCUUUUUAAGGGUGUAAUCAUUUUCAUUUUGAAACAAACAUUUCUUUCCAGUGUACUUUAGAAUCCAGUGAAUUUAGAAAAAGGAUUUUGAGAUAACAUGAAAGCAUUUAAUGUAAAUUAUAACAUGUUCCUAACCAGUCUGCUUCAAAUUAUUUGAACUUUGAGAAUAAAAAACUUUGAACUCUACGAAAUGUUGUUUCAACGUGAUGCUUUUUGUGUACAUCAAAAGUAGGCAAAAAUGCCAUUUUUUAGUACCACCUCAAAAAUACUGAUAUGGUAGAGCAUUUCUGCAGUUGUAUUCAAAUUAUGCAAACUAUUUCUUCCCGAUUUUCAAAGACAACCAAAUUUUUUGUCAGAUCAGUGUAUUGUUCUUUGAGUUUACUUACUUAAUAAUCUUGUAUAGUUGAUAGCCCAUAAUAACACUCACACUUUAAAGUUUAUUUAGUUAAGUCAUUCAAGUUCGCAAAACUGUGAUGUCAAAUGACUUAUUUUGAAUUUUGUCAUGAAUAGUUUGAUGUAUACCAUUCGGCUAUAUUUAAAUGAUAUCAAGUGAUGGAUUUACGCCAGGCCUUGGAAACAACAUUUUUAUAUGCCGGGAAAAAUGCCGAAAAAAAAUUGUUUCAUAAAAUUGGUUCAUUUUAUUUUUUAUAAAAAAUUUCUAUGGAAUAUUCACUAAAACAAUCAGUUAACUCGACUCAAGAGAAAAAAUCUAAAUUUCUGAAGAAAAAAUAUGCAAUAUAUUUCAACGAGUCAUCGAGAUGUAUAUUCGAGCUACAAAUUGUUGAGAAGUAAGAUCUUUUUCCACUUUAAAAAGUGUAAAAACAAAUUUAGACGCAAGCAUAGGCCAAGAUAGACUUAAUGCUCUUGCAUUACUGUCUAUUGAAGCUCAACUAGUCCAAGAAGUUAAUUAUAACUAUGUAAUCAACGUUUUUCUGCUGACAAAACCCAGGAUAAAUAAAAUUGAUUAAUAUUUAAAAAAAAUCAUUAUUUAUCUAUCUAAAGCUUAUAACAUAUUUCUCUUUAAUGUUUAUUACUUAUACUUAAAAAUUAUACUUCAAUAAAAAAGUUAUUUUAAUAUAAAAAUAUUGCAUAAAAAUUAAUGAAUCCAUUGUAUUAAAAAGGGUGGUGCUUCUACCGAGGCCUACGGUGGCAGCAAGCCCAAAUUCGUCACUUAUGAUAUCAAGAAUGUUACAGCUGUUUAAAAUCCAAUUCGCGAAUGAUAAGAAUUGUGUCACGAUGUUAAUAUUUCUCUAAUUAUCCAUGAUUCAACUACAAAUAUAUAUCCCAAGCAAAAUUAACACACAGCAAGAAUGCAAUGAAAUUAAGUAAUUACUAGAUAAGGUCGAAUUAAAACAAAGACAAAUAUAAUGUUGAAUUUCAAGUACUAUUGUAGAAAAUACAGGGUUGAAUAAAGUAUCGAAAAGAGUUAGAAAGAAAAUCUAAAAAAAAAUUUACAUGUAUUUUCUCUGUUAUCAAUUACAGCUUGACAGUGUCUGAGCUUGCUUGGGAUCUCUUUUGAUUUCACUUUAAUGAGAGCAAUUGUAAAUGUAUUUAUUAUAUCUUGUAAGUGAUUAUCAAAUACAUUCCAAAUAUGCUUUAUUAUAUUGAGGUUAGAGUUAUUAGCUGGCUAUAAUAUUGCUUGGAUUUCAUAAAAAUUUCAAGUUUUUCUUGUCAUAUAAGAUUGAGGAUUGUCAGGCAUGAAGAGAAAAUUGGUUCCUAAAAAAGGAGUGACUUGUGUCAACAAUGUACUUGUGAGCAUUAAAACGAUUUCUUUUCUUUCAA